GCUUUUUGCUAGCCUUUUUUUUCUUUCUCGCAACAACCCCUUGUGAUUCAGACGAGGAAGCGUGUUUUCUGGCAAAUUCCGGCUGUAAUUUUACUGUUCGUACAAUGGUGUCUCUCAAUCCCGUUCGCAUUCUGAAGCAUGAAGCCGAGGAGGAAAAGGGUGAAAUUGCCCGUUUAUCGUCGUUUGUCGGCGCGAUUGCGAUCGGUGACCUGGUAAAAAGCACCCUCGGUCCGAAGGGUAUGGACAAGAUACUGGUCGCCCACGGACGGAAUUCGGGCCAGAUCGAGGUAACGAACGAUGGGGCAACCAUUCUGCGGGCGGUCGGUGUGGACAAUCCGGCAGCGAAAAUUCUCGUCGACAUGUCGCGGGUGCAGGACGACGAGGUCGGCGACGGUACCACAUCCGUCACGGUGUUCGCUUCCGAGCUGAUCCGCGAGGCGGAGAAGCUGGUGGAACAAAAGCUCCACCCACAGACGAUUGUGGCCGGGUGGCGUCAGGCGACGGAAGUGGCCCGUACCGCACUGCAGGGUGCUGCUGCGGAUAAUUCAGCCAACCAGGAACGUUUCCGGGAGGAUUUGCUGAACAUUGCCCGUACAACGCUUAGCUCGAAGAUUUUGUCCCAACACAAGGAACACUUUGCCAAACUAGCGGUUGAUGCGGUGCUGCGUCUGAAGGGAUCUGGCUCACUGACCGCGAUCCAGCGCAUCAAGAAGCUGGGUGGUUGUUUGGAAGAAUCGUUCCUGGAUGAAGGAUUCCUGCUGGACAAAAAGCCCGGCGUUCAUCAGCCGAAUUCGGUGAAGAACGCUAACAUCCUGAUCGCCAACACACCGAUGGACACGGACAAAAUCAAGGUGUUCGGUUCGUCGAUCAAGGUCGAUUCGAUGUCGAAGAUUGCCGAGCUGGAGGUGGCUGAGAAGGAAAAGAUGAAGGAAAAGGUGGACAAGAUUCUGUCGCACAACAUCAACGUGUUUAUCAACCGUCAGCUGAUCUACAACUACCCGGAACAGCUGUUUGCCGAUGCGGGCGUGAUGGCGAUCGAACAUGCCGAUUUUGAUGGUAUCGAGCGUUUGGCGCUUGUUACCGGUGGUGAAAUUGUGUCCACCUUCGAUAAUCCCGAUCUGGUGAAGCUGGGCAAAUGUGAUCUGAUCGAGCAGGUGAUGAUUGGCGAAGACACACUGUUGCGGUUCUCGGGCGUCCCAUUGGGUGAGGCUUGUACGGUGGUGAUCCGUGGUGCAACGCAGCAAAUCAUCGAUGAAGCGGAACGUUCGCUGCACGACGCGCUGUGUGUGCUGGCGGCAACCGUGAAGGAAUCGCGUGUCGUCUACGGAGGCGGUUGUUCCGAGACGCUGAUGGCAACGGCCGUCUUCAAACUGGCCUCCGAAACAGCGGGCAAGGAAGCGAUGGCUAUUGAAUCGUUUGGCCGUGCCCUGAUGCAGCUCCCGAUCAUUAUUGCCGACAAUGCUGGGUACGAUUCGGCACAGCUCAUAUCGGAAUUGCGUGCUGCUCAUUCCCAGGGCAAGCACACGAUGGGACUGGACAUGAACAACGGUAAGGUAGGCUGCAUGAAGGAGUUGGGCAUUACGGAAUCGUUUGCAGUUAAGCGACAGGUGCUUUUGUCCGCUGCUGAGGCGGCCGAGAUGAUACUGCGUGUGGACAACAUCUUGAAGAGUGCUCCACGCCGUCGUGUACCGGAUCGUGGCUACUGCUAAGUUCGAUAUCAUCGUAUCGGAAUCUUCGUGCAUUUUAGUUUUUCCUCUCUUCAUUUCACAAACAUACAUCUUGCUCUUU